AAGAUGAAGCCCACAUCCAAAGUGAUAAUGGGAGCAACACUGGUAAUGGUGGUUACUCUUGCCAUUGUGUUGGGCCUAGUACUGGUGCUGCUAGCAGAGCUGUACUGCUCUAUCUUACUCCGCCGGCGCCGGUUUAGGCGCCGCUCUUCCAAUACACCCCCCGCAGCAUCCCAGCUUUCACAAACUGAAAGGCAUGCAGCUUCUUCUCUCAGUAGCUUCUAUGCCCAAGGUGUUUUACAGGCUCCAAGAGCCCUCCUCUUCCCUGUAGUUUCUUCCAAGGACAACAAAGUGGAAACAGAGAAACAACUUCAAGAAGUUCUUGAAAUCCAUACCCAGGAGUCAGGCACAAGCCCUCACCACAUCGGACUCAUAUCCGCUCAGUCCCCAUCAGCUUCCUUUGUACCUUCACCCCAACCCCUCAAAGAAAUUUCGGUUCAAAUUGCUACCGACGGUGGGAACAGAGUCUCUGGUGGGGAAGGGGAGAAUUUUGUUUACAUCUCCAAUCCCAUCUAUGACAAUGAUCACUUAAACAGGGAUAGCAGAGGUGAUAAUACUCCAUUUGAGACUCCUGAUACAUCACCUUCACGUUUGGAGUCUGGUGAUUCUUCAGGGGAGGAUGAGAUUGAGGUAGUCCACUCAUUCCCUUUAACCCCUCCAUUGACUCCAAUGAAGAAGCUCCCAGCAGAAGCAUGUUCAGUUUCAUUGAAGGAUGCCAGGUCACUUGACACUUCAGCUAGUGACUCUCAUGACAAUGGUCUUUCAUCAUCGUCAUCUGGGUCUCCUUGUACUUCACCUUCAUGGUGAUUUGGGUUAUGUCAAAGCUGCUAUCUUUUUCCUUAUGUUAACUCUUUGGAGUGAAAAUGUUGUAUUGUGCAUACAGUGAUGGAAUUUUAGUUUGCUGGAGAGGGAGAAGAUGACAAUAUUAUUUCAUCCUUUGUGCAGGCCUGGCCGUGGCUCGGUCACCAAAGCCACGCCUGUGCCUGUACUGUACUAACUAGAAUUCUCUCUCUCCUCCCCUGUCUCUCUCUGCUUUGGAGGACUGCCUGCCUCUUGUUUUCUUUUGGUUCUGUGUGCUGGGUCUGGCAGAUAAAUAUUAAACGAGGCUUUGUUAUUGUUUUGGGAUUGUGAAGAUGCAUGUGAUGCGUGGGGAGUGGACUAAAAGAGACCCUUAAGAAAAGUAGAAAACCCUCCUCUGUUUUUGAGGGAC